GCGGUGUGUGAGAGUGGUGUGUGAGAGCGGUGUGUGAGAGUGGUGUGUGAGAGUGGUGUCUGAGAGUGGUGAGUGUGAGAGCAGUGGUUGUAGUGUGAAUAGCGGUGGCCGUAGUGUGAGAUCGGUGGUGAUAGCUCCGGUGCUGAGCUAUCUAACCGUGAAACAGCAGUUGCCCCCGAGUGGGGGACUGCCCCCAUCCGCGAGGAUGGGUCGCAGAAGGGCCCGCCUAUGGGCACUUUUCCAGCGCUGCAACCCCAAGGCAAAAGCCAAGACAAGGAAGACCUCGGCCUCGGCCCAAGUUCUGGAAGCGGAGCGGACUGACGAGUUGGCAUCACCUACCGAAGAAGUCAGUGCAUGCCGAGAGCAGCUUCUAGCAAGAGGAAAAGAGAUUGCCGAGAUGAGAGCUGAAAGGAACAACACCAGGCUGCUGCUGGAGCACCUGGAAUGCCUGGUUUCACGCUAUGUGCCGUCCCUCCGGAUGACGAUGGGAAAGCAGCAGGCGCAGUCCCCGGCCGGCAUGAGCAGCGAGGUGGAGGUGCUCACGGCCCUGAAAUCACUGUUUGAGUACCACAAGGCCCUGGACGAGAAGCUGAUGAUUCUUAAAGAGAAGAAAAACCCGGAAAAGAUACUGAUGGACGGGGUGCUUGAUGUAAAUCCCAAGCAAGAAAACAUGCCAAGCGCCGAUGGAAAGAGAACCCGCGACGGCUCUCUGGCUCGGGUGAUCCAGCUCCAGGAAAUCAUAAACAACCAAUUGCGGGAGAGCCAGAUGAAGGAGCUCCUGAGCCAGAUGGAGGAGCUUCUGGCAGCCCUCUCUGCCCAGGUGACAGAGAUGGAGGAGGACCUGGACACGGCCAGGAAGGACCUCCUCAAGUCCGAGGAAGUAAACGUGAAACUAGAGCGGGACCUGCGCGAAGCCAUGGCCCAGAAGGAGGACAUGGAGAAGAGAAUCACUACACUUGAGAAACGCUACCUCGCCGCACAGCGCAAAGCCUCCUCUGUGCAUGACCUUGAUGAUAAACCUGAAAAUGAAAUCGCAAAUAAGGAUUCUCUGCAUCGACAGGAGGAGGAUAAAAAGCGACCGUUGCAGGAGCACCUGGAGCUGGAGGAGCAGAAGCUGCAGCAGACGCUGCCCAGGGCGGAGACGCUGCCAGAAGGGGAGGCUGAGCUGGCUCAGCGGGUGGCCGCGCUCUCCAAGGUGGAAGAGAGACACCGUAACAUCAAGGAGAGGCUGCGCCAGAUGGAGGCCCAACUGGAGGAGAACAAGAAGGAGCUGCUGUGGGUGCAGCCCCUGAAGGAUCAGGACCGGGAGCACGGGCAGCAAGCCAGCGUGCUAGCCAACGUGGCCCAGGCGUUCGAGAGUGACGAGGGAGUGUAUGACGGCGAGGGUGACGGGGUCACCCUCUUCAGCUCGGCCUCUCUGCUGUCGCCCAGCGGGCAGGCCGAUGCCGAGACUCUGGCCAUGAUGAUUCAGGAGCAGCUGGCCAAGAUCAACGAAGAGAUCCGGUUGAUCCAAGAAAAGGCCGAGGGGAUUGAGAGCAGGGUGGGCAAGAGGAGCCCAAGUAACCUUCGUCGUUUUAAAACCUUGAAUUCCCUCAACCUGAAUCCCGCCUCCUCGCAUGCCAGCUCCUUCCCGCCCAGCAGAGGGCGCUCCAAGCCCCGAAGGAGGCGGCACAGCCCUGCACGGAAGGUAGACAAGCUGGGCAUCAUGACUCUGCUGCCACCUAUACCAGAAGAGGUACAAGAUGACAAGACCGCCAUCAAAUGUGAAGCCUCGACCCCCGCCUUGCUGCGGUUCCUUCGGCUAGACCGGCUGGACAGGGGGUCACCGCACAGAGCCAGCUACGAGGACAUCAGGGACGCCCGCAACUCGACAGGCUCUCAAGACAGCCCCGGGGGCAACCCCAGCAGCAGCCAGGACUCGCUGCAGAAAGCCCCAAAGAAGAAGGGCAUCAAGUCCUCCAUCGGUCGUUUGUUUGGCAAGAAGGAGAAGGGCCGGCCUGGACACCCCGGCAAGGAGGCGCUAGGACCAGUGGCAGGCAGGAUCUUUACCGCUAGAACCACCUGGAAAGCCCCAGUGAACGCUGACAACUAGGAAAUGCAGAAAAUAAGGGCUGCUCCUAAGUUAAACUGGAAGAGCAGCAAGCACAGAUCGUAAAGAGGAAAACACACGAUGACCGACAACAGUGCUGACAGAAACAAGCAGGGAUGCGUUCACCCACAUCAAGAAAAUGUGCCCUUCGGAAGAGGAGCCCUUGGAGGGACAGUUGGAACCGGAAUGAAAACCGAGGCCAUGGUCAGCAGUGCCCACUCACACGGCCCGAGUGAGCUUUCUGCGUCCCCAGAGCUGCUGGUGGUACCAUCUGGGCGCUGAGGCCGGGCAACGUCCCCGAGUGAGCUAAGGCAUCCCUGCUCUCCUUCCAGUGCUGCUGCGGGGCCCUCUGUGGGCGGCCACCCUCAUCCCCUGCUCUGCCACCCGCUGGGGCCCGACUGUUCCCCUGGGAUCCUUUCAGCCCUUGAGCUUGUGUGUUCCCAGCCCUCUGCCACACCAGACCGGGACUCAACUCAGGACUUGGGCUUGAGAUAUCGAGGAGACCGUGAAUCUGGAAGGACACAGCCCUGGGGCCCUCGAGUGACCACGUGAGAGAGCUGGAGAGCAAAGCCCCCUCGGGGAGGAAGCAGAGCUUUGAAACGUGCCCACACCCACCGCUGCUUCCGGCACAAGUGCCUCUUCUUUGCCUCACCUUGGCCUGAAACAGACCCCAGCUGCUACUGUUGUUCCGCAGGUGAUUCCUAAAGAUGCACCUCCUGCAAGAGCUAUCGUCCUGCUGCUCUGGGGCUGCCUAAGUGUGCUCAGGAGUGUCCGACAAGUGGGGCUGCCACGCCUGAUGCUGGGGAAGGGCCUGAUGCUGGGGGAGGACCUGAUGCUGGAGGAGGGCCCUGAUGCUGGGGCAGGAACGUCUGAUGCUGGAGGAGGGCCUGAUGCUGGACUAUGGGCCUGGUCCUGGGGGAGGACCUGAUGCUGUAGGAGGGCCCUGAUGCUGGGGCAGGAACAUCUGAUGCUGGACUAGGGUCUGAUUCUGGGGGAGGCCCUGAUGCUGGACUAAGGCCUGAUGCUGGGGGAGGUCCUGAUCCUGGACUAGGGCCUGAUGCUGGGGGCAAACGUCUAAUGCUGGUGGGAGGUGUGAUGAUGGUGGGCAGCCUGCUCCCAGAUGUACACAGAGUUGAUUAUAAAUAUGAGAAAUCUUUUUUUCAUACUUUCCUGACCACC